UUCUAUAUUUAUAAGCCAUCCACCCCCACUCAACUGAAGGAAAAGAAAAGAGAGAGAGAGUGUGUAUCUGUGAAUCAAGUGUUGAGCUUCUCUCUCAUUCUUUUGUUUUUGCGCCACCACUCACACCAAGAAGCUAAGCUCUUGCCUCUCUACCUUCUGGUUUAAUCAAGUCUACAUAGAGACAGAUAUGGAGGUGGCGAUGGAGAUAGAAGAUGAUUUGUUCUUUCAAGACUUGAGCAAGCAAAUUUCUCUUCUAAUCAUGGACGAUGAUGAAGACCCGGUUGCUCGUUGCCCUUCUGUUUCUCUCCAGGCCUUCUCCAGAGUGAUCCACCCAUCCACACAAUACCCAAUCCUACAUGAUCAAAAUUGCAGAAGAGAGAGCAAAGGCACAGGAGUUUUCAUUCCAAGAUCAUCCCAGCCAAGAAGGAAGAACAGGCAAGGGAGAUUCAACUCAUCCAACACCAAAUCUCAAAGGCAACCUGAUAACACAAGAGGGGUUUCUCAUCUAUCCUACAAAAAUUCUUUUAACCCCAAAAAAUGCUAA